AGGCAAAAGGCUUUGUUUUCCGGGAGAAGAAGAGAAGAAAUUGAGAGCAAUGGCGACGAAUAUUGGAAUGAUGGAUGGGGCUUACUUCGUCGGCCGAUCUGAGAUUCUUUCUUGGAUCAACUCCACUCUCCAUCUCAAUCUCUCCAAAGUCGAAGAGGCAUGUUCCGGUGCAGUUCACUGCCUGCUGAUUGAUUCAGUUCACCCGGGAAUGGUGUCCAUGCACAAAGUCAACUUCGAAGCCAAAAAUGAAUACGAGAUGAUUCAAAAUUACAAAGUGCUUCAAGAUGUCUUUAACAAACUCAAGAUCACUAAGCAUAUCGAAGUGAGCAAGCUGGUGAAAGGCUGGCCGCUUGAUAAUCUGGAGUUCAUGAAGUGGAUGAAAAGAUAUUGUGAUUCUGUCAAUGGAGGCGGUCUUUAUAAUUACAAUCCGGUAGAAAGGAGGGAGGCAGCUAAAGGAGGAAAGGAAGCAAGCAAGAAAUCAGCAGCACAGCAAUGCACAACCAAGGGUUCCACCGCUGCUCCUAGACCACCAUCUUCUUAUGCUCGAAGGAGCAGCAAUGAUGUUUCAUUAUCCAUGAACCCUUCCAUUGUAUCAGCAAAAACUCAAUCCAAACAAUCCAUGGCAUUGGCUGCCUACGAAGAACAGAUCACGGAAUUGAAGCUGUCUGUGGAUAGUCUUGAGAAAGAGAGGGAUUUCUACUUUGGAAAGUUGAGAGACAUUGAGAUUCUCUGCCAGAAUCCUAAAAUUGAACACUCGCCGAUUGUUGCGGCUAUACAAAGGAUCUUAUAUGCUAUAGAUGAUGAUGAUGACGCAUCAGUGGCGGAGCCAAUUGGUGAGAUAUCAGAAGAAAAAGGCAGUUUUGAAAGCCAUAAGAGGAAAAACAGUUUGAACAUUGAUGUUGAUGCUGCUGGAAUUGGAACAUCGUCUCAAAGGCAAAGGCUUUCUGAUGCUUCUGAUGUCCACUGCAGCACGUCGCCACUUAUAAGUUACUGAUCAACAAUCAAACUAUAAGCCUUUUCUAAGAUCUGUUUGAGUCCAACCAGUAGUGUUUUAGGACAGGACAUAUUGUAGUCAUCAGCUGGAAUUCUUAGAAAUGUGUGUUCAGAUGCCUGCGAGUCAAAUAUUAUUGACUAAAUGGA